ACAAAACGUCGUCCUUCAACCAAAGAUCGGAGACCACAUGGCGUUUUUAGAAUUUAGAACAGCGUGUGACGAGAGUGACGACGGAGUCUCAAAGCGUGACAAUAGAGCGGCUUUGUGACAUGGAUGUGGAGGAUUGGAAGGUUCCUCCUGAACAUCCUGACCAUCCUACAAAGCUUGGUGCCUUUGAUGAAUCUUUAGACCAAUUGGAUGCUUCAAUCUCAUCGAUCUCACUACCAGAUGUUGAGCUUCGAACGGGUGUGGACCGGGUGGCUGCGGCCAUCACGGCCAUGACAGCACUGGAUCCCGAGAGCCUCCGCGGACUGCGGGUGAGUCGCUUCUUGAGACAGGCGCCGUGGCACUGGUGGCGCGGAGAGUUGUGGACGUUGUACCGCUUCACGGAAGCGGUGGACACCUUAGAGGAGUUCUGGUCCCACAGCUGGCGACUCGCUGCAUGGAGCAAAUAUGUGAAUGUGCUCUUUCUGAAACAUGCCAUACCAGCAUCUUUGAUGAGCCUACUAUGUGCCGCGGUGGCCUAUGUUCUUUUCCUCAUGGAACUUCUGCCUGAGUGGACUCAGGGUCCUUACCGUUGCAGUUGGUGUUCUUUUUCUGCAGCAGGAGCCUAUGUUUUGACAAUGUUGCUCAGCUGUCGGCAAGCGCGUGUCUUCCUUGACAUCGCUUGCAUCAAUCAAAAAGAUGCCCGGUUGAAGGCUCUUGGUCUUCUCAGCUUGGGUGCGAUGUUGAAGAGAUCGAAGUCUUUAUUGGUGCUUUGGGAUGCAACUUUCACUACAAGAUUAUGGUGCGUUUUUGAAUUUGGCGCCUUCCUGCACAGCCAUUCAGGUACAAAGCCCAGGCUCACAGUUGUCCCACCCCUGCAAGGGGCUGUGUGCUUGGGGUGCGGGUGCCUUCUAGCGACAAUGGUAAUUGCAGCGCAUUGGGGGGAAGACAUGGUGGAGGUCAAAUCCACGAUUGGGAUUUCUGUCGCCGUGCCAUCCUGUGUUCUUUUGACACAUAUGUUGCGAAUAUAUUGGCGCAGCAUCGAUGUCAUGAGACAACAAGCUUCCAGUUUCUGCUUUGAAGAGGCCAAAUGUGUUUGUUGUGAGCGAGAUCAUCCACAAGGCUUUUGCGACAAGGAAAUCAUCGCAAGGUGUAUCGUCGCAUGGUUUGGAUCCAUCCAACACUUUGAACAUCGAGUGCAAGCGGAGAUGGAGGUGACUUUGGCGCAGCAACUUGCAAAUGCAGCCUUUUCAUACGAUCGAAUGGUGCAGGCAGUGAUUCCUUGGAUCUGGUUGCAAAUGGAUGUAAGCGCCAGUCAUUCUGGAGACUGGAUGUGGGUUGAUGUGCUGUUGUCACUGGUGAUUUUUGUCCCUGUACCUGUCCUGUUCAGUGGGGCAAUCACCUUGGAAGAAUAUAUCGUGUGGUUUCUGAUUGACCAUCCAUAUGGACCUGUGUAUGGAAGCUUGCUAUCCUUGACGAUGUGGAGCACUAUCACUUUGCUAUUGUGGAAUUGCCUUCCGAUGCUAAAUUUAACAGGUGGAGCGCCACCAACUGACGCCGAUCAGGAACGAUCUUGAUUGCAAAUUUUAAGAUUCUGUGUUGGUGCGUCCAACAACAUUCACAAUAUUUUUUCUUAAUCACGAAAGGUAGCCCUUUAGGGGAUACCUUGAGUUUGUCUUGCGAAACAAGUGUUGG